UCGAUUCCAUCGCCAUCUAUCACCUAAAUGCAAAGAUUUUCAACUUGUUGUUCAAGUUCAAAUUGAUCAUUUUCAACCAGUUCUGAUCUGAAUCAGUUCCUUUGUUGCUCCUUGUUGCUGCUCAUUUUUUUUGUUUUUGUGUUUGUUUUCGUCCAUCAAAUCGAUUAUUGUUGUUCUCGGAAAAAUGUCUUGGAUCGUUCAUAUGGAUCAAUCUUAUCAUCAUCAUCAUCAUCACCAUUAUUAUCAUCAAAAUGGCCAUCAAGAUGAUAAUAAUGGUUUAUCUAUUCAAACAAAUAAUUUUAUGGAUAAAUGUCGUCAACGUAUUUCAUCAUCGACACCGAAAUUAUUGAAUCUAUCAUUAUUGGCUGAUAAAUUUGUAGAUAAAAUUGUUGAAAAACUUUCCAUACUAGAUGGUACAAAACGAAAUGGAACAAAAAAGAUAAACGAAUCAUCCAAUAAUGAUUACGAUGAUUUUUGGCCAUUCAUCAAACACAUUAUAUUGAUUAUAUUGAUAAUUGGAUUCUAUUAUCUAAUGUUCACCGUUGGUCAUCAUCGUUGGUCAACAUCAUCAUCAUCAUCAUCAGCUCAACAGAAUGGAUCAAUGUUUAUUGGUCCAGCAUAUCAUACAGGAAAUAUUUCACAUAAUUAUUUCUAUUGGAAUUAUUCUGCAACAAUUUCGGACAACAUUUCUUCCGCAUUUAAUGAUCAUUAUCGAUUGAAAUCGAUUCGAUUAUCACCAUUGGCUAUAACGAAAAUGAAUGAUGAACAAUUUAUACGAUAUUUAUUUGAUAAUAUUCAAUUAUGGAUCGAUUAA